UUGCAUUUCUGUUGUCAUUGUUGUAGAGUCAUCACUUUUAAUGUUCAAGAAAGUUGGUUAUCUGCUUGAACUAAUAUAUCAACCAUUCCCCAUGUAAUUUUUCAAACGUGAAGGAAAAGAUGUUCUUGGGGCUGAAUCUUCUGUUACAUUGUUGUAGAGUUUUAAAUCUCAGUUUUAUAUACACUUUGUUGAAAUAGGUGUUUUAAGCACUAGUCAAAUUGACAUAGAAUCUGUUCUACUACUAGGUCUCACAUAUUUAUUAUAUAUAAAAAAAAAAAAGAGGUUUUGCAUAUAUUUUGAAUCAUUUUCCUGACUUCUGGGAAACAGGAAUGAAGAAUGUUCAGGUAUAUAGUUAAUAUGGACCAGCAUGCCCAGUCAAUUAAAGAAAGAGCAGUAGAUAUCAGACAAAGCCACUCUGAGGCUCCACAGGAGGUUUUGCCUGGUCAAUUAGAGGCAAAUAGCAGCAAUCACUCACAAGAAAAGAAGAAGCCAUUGCGAGCUCGUUUUGUAUAUGGCAUCAUCUUCUUGAUCACAAACCUUAAAGCUUGGUUCUUUCGAGACUAUGGGCAAAAGGUUCUGUCUCAGUUCAAUUAUAUAAAAGCUUGUGGAGUCGAUGGACUAGAUUGCUGUCACACAUUGGGAGUUCUUCGUGUGAGUUUAGGAUGCUUUAUAUUUUUCUUUGUCAUGUUUGCCACUACAAUAAAAGCAAGAAAAUUAUAUGAAGCUCGCAACACUUGGCAUUCUGGAUGGUGGACACUGAAGCUUUUCCUAUUGAUUUUAUCAAUGGCGGUUCCUUUUUUCUUCCCUUCAAAUUACAUUCAAGUAUAUGGUGAACUUGCUCGCAUUGGUGCUGGGAUUUUUCUUGUCCUCCAACUUGUAAGUGUCAUUGAGUUCAUCGGCUGGUGGAAUAACUAUUGGAUGCCUGAUAAGGAAAUGAGGCAAAGUUGCUCUUUUGGAUUGUUCAUGUCAACAAUUUUUUACAUUGCUUCUGUAUGUGGAAUUGGGGUGAUGUAUUAUUUCUAUGGACAGAGCCUUAAAUGUUCUCUCAACAUAUUCUUCAUUUCAUGGACUGCAGUUCUGCUAAUAGUGAUGAUGGCUAUAUCUUUACAUUCAAAGGUCAAUAGAGGCCUUUUGUCUACAGGAAUUAUGGCUUCAUACCUUGUCUUCCUCUGUUGGUCUGCCAUAAGAAGUGAACCUGUUGAUAAAAGAUGCAACAAACAAAAUCAAGAAAAUGGAAAUAGCGAUUGGACAACCAUACUUAGCUUUCUAAUUGCAAUAUGUGCCAUAGUCAUGGCAACAUUUUCCACCGGAAUCGAUUCACAAUCAUUUCAGUUCCGCAAAGAUAAAGUUCAAGAGGAGGAUGACAUCCCUUAUGACUAUGGGUUCUUCCACAUGGUAUUUGCCCUGGGAGCCAUGUACUUUGCAAUGUUAUUCAUCAGUUGGAACCUCAACAACUCAGCGCGAAAGUGGAGUAUUGAUGUAGGCUUCGCAAGUACAUGGGUGAAAAUUGUGAGCGAGUGGUUUGCAGCCACCAUAUACUUAUGGAAAUUGAUUUCCCCAGUAGUGAGACAGCCUAAAGUCAUGAAUCUGGAGGGGAACCAAUGCAGCUGACACAUGAUAAAUUGUAGCAUAUCUCCCUUGUCCUUUGUUACCAUGUUAUUCUUUCUUCACCAUUUGUUGUAGUCAGACUCAUGGUGCCCUAAUCUUUAAGCCAAUGUCUGGUGAAAUCAAAUGUAGCUUGUAGCAAAGUUUCUUGCUGUUGAUGGAUAAUGAAAAAGAAAAUAAAGAAGGGUAGAGAUAAAAUGACAAGUUCAGCUAAUGACUCUCAAGAUUUCAGUUCUUUUUCUCUCUUGUUCAAACCAAAGGAUCUGUC